AUGGCGUCUUCCAUUCCCACGACCACCUCUGGCUUUCGAAUAGACCUCACCGCCGGCAGCUUCGAUGGCCUCCGACUUGACCCUUCGAUGCCUGUUGCGCCAUUGGGCCCACAGGACUGCCUCGUGGCUAUGCACGCUGUCUCCCUCAACUAUCGCGACAUCGCGAUGCCGCUCAGGCUAUACCCCGCUUACACCAAAGAAGACGUCGUGCCAUGCUCAGACGGGGCCGGUGUGGUGGUCGCAGUCGGCAGCGAUGUGAAGUCCCUCAAGGUCGGGGAUCAAGUAUGCCCUACAUUCUUCCAGGACUUUGAAGACGGGUAUCCCACAAAGCAGAGUCGCGCAAGCAGUCUCGGAGGGCUAAAUGAUGGAGUGCUCAGGAAGCACGCCGUCUUUGGUGAGAAGGGUUUGAUCAAGGUGCCCAAGUUUCUCGGCGCUAAGGAGGCAAGCACAUUGCCCUGUGCAGCUUUGACGGCGUGGAAUGCUCUGUUCGGCGUCGAGGGACGAGCGUUGAAGCGUGGAGACUGGGUAUUGACCCAGGGGUCUGGCGGUGUCAGUAUUUUUGCCUUGCUGUUCGCCAGGGCACUCGGGGCUCAUGUGGUGGCUACGACAGGAGACAAAGGGAAGGAGAAGCGGCUGCGGGACCUCGGGGCCGACAUUGUGCUCAACUACCGCGAGGAUCCCAAAUGGGGCAUCGCCGCGAAGGAAUACAUCGAGAGACAAGGAGGCACGGGAGCGCAACAUGUGAUUGAGGUUGGGGGCGAGACGUCGAUGGAGCAGAGCUUGAAAGCCGUCGCACCGGAAGGCGUCAUCUCGAUCAUCGGGUUCCUUGGGGGCGAAGCAGCAGCUGGUGAGAGGCGGACGGGGUUCUGGGACUGUUUCGCGAGUGCGUGUCUCGUGCGAGGCGUGCUCGUGGGCAGCAAAAGACAGUUUAGGGAUAUGCUGGCUUUCAUGGAGGAGAAAGGCAUAAGACCUGUGAUAGACGGGAAGACGUGGAAGUUGGAGCAGGCCAGAGAGGCUUACGAGUAUCUGAGAGCGCAGAAAUUCUUUGGCAAGGUGGUGAUUGAAAUCGAAGAAUGA